AUGUUAUUUUUAAAUAAGGAUAUCGCUGAUACAAAUUUGGAAGACACAUUCAAUGAUCAAGAAUUAAUAUGGAAAGUUCUCAUCUUAGAUCGGAAAAGUACCGCAAUCAUCUCAUCCAUUUUACGUGUCAAUGAUCUUUUAAAAGCUGGGGUCACAGUCCAUUCCUUAAUUAAACAAGAUAGAGCAUCUUUACCUGAUGUCCCAGUAGUGUAUUUCGUUACACCAAAUCAAGAAAAUAUUGAUAUCAUUGUAGAUGAUUUGAAAAAUGAUAAAUACUCUGAUUUCUAUAUUAAUUUUACCUCCACUUUGAAUAGAGAUUUAUUAGAGAAUCUCGCUGAAAAAGUUUCCAUGACUGGUAAAUCUNNAGAAAAGAUCAAACAAGUCUUUGACCAAUAUUUAGACUUCAUUGUCACAGAACCAGAAUUAUUCUCAUUAGAAUUACCAAACACAUAUGCACUUUUGAAUACACCAUCAGCUACAGAAGAAUCUAUAAAUCAAUUAUGUGAUAAAGUUGCAGACGGAUUAUUUAAUACUGUAAUGACAACAGAUUCAAUUCCAAUCAUUAGAGCUCCCAAAGGUGGUCCAGCAGAAAUGAUUGCUGAAAAAUUAGGUAUGAAAUUACGUGAUUACGUGAUAAAUUCCAAAUCAACUUCAAAUGUUGUAACAUCUACUUCCACUUCUAAUCCCGAUUCCUUAGAAAGAAGUGUACUUGUUAUUCUUGAUAGGAAAAUUGAUUUCGCUUGUAUGUUUCAACAUUCAUGGAUUUAUCAAUGUAUGGUAUUUGAUAUUUUCAAAUUAUCAAGAAAUACAAUCACUGUUCCAAUUAAAAAUGAACAAGGUCAUGUAACGGAAAAGCAAUUUGAUAUUGAACCAAAUGAUUUCUUUUGGAUUGAAAAUUCUCAUUUACCAUUCCCUGAAGCUGCAGAAAAUGUGGAAACUGCAUUAUCUACAUACAAAGAGGAAGCUGCAGAAAUUACAAAGAAAACAGGUGUAACAAAUUUAACUGAUUUGGAUCCAAAUUCAAAUAAUGAUACUGUUCAAAUUCAAGAAGCUGUUAAAAAGUUACCUGAAUUAACAGCAAGGAAAAAUACUAUUGAUACUCAUAUGAAUAUAUUUGGAUCAUUAUUAAAUGAACUAGAAAAUAAAAAUUUAGAUAAAUUUUUCGAAAUUGAACAAGAUCCUAAUAGUUCCAAAUUAAGACAAGGAUUUUUAUCCAUUUUGAAAGAUGGGAAGACGAAUAAUUUUGAGGAUAAAAUGAGAUCAUUCAUUGUAUUAUAUUUGACUUCAACUAAUGGGUUACCAAGAGAUUUCGUCGAUGAAGUUGAGAAAUAUUUUUCCGAUAAUGAAUAUGAUAUAAGUGCAUUGAAAUAUGUUUAUAAAUUAAGAGAAUUUAUGCAAUUGUCAAAUAUGAGUUUACAAAAUAAAUCUUUGGAAGAUGGUAGAAGUAACAAGAAGACAUCUACCGCGGGGAAUUUAUCACUUUCUGGAUUAUAUGGGUUAACGGAAGGUGGUCUUCAAGGUGGUGUAGGUAGUUUAAUAUCAGGUAUCAAGAAGUUAUUACCUGAAAAGAAAACAAUCCCAAUAACAAACGUGGUAGAAGCCAUUAUGGAUCCAUUAAAUAGUUCUCAAAAAAAUUUAGAAACUACUGAUGAGUAUUUAUAUAUUGAUCCACGUAUAACUAGAGGAUCGCAUACGAAGAAACCCAAAAGACAAUCUUAUAAUAAAUCUUUAGUGUUCGUCGUUGGUGGUGGUAAUUAUUUUGAAUAUCAAAAUUUACAAGAAUGGGCCCAUUCACAACUUCAUAAUCCAAAAACUGUCAUGUACGGUAGUACCAUGAUUAUUUCUCCAAAUGAGUUUAUGAAAGAAGUUUCCGAGCUAGGUUCUGCGUAA